AUGACCGACAGGAUCCUUAAAGUGGUCAGAACAUCACUGAGCCGUCAUGAGACUGACAGGAGACACUCAGAGUUCCUCUUCUAUACAAAGGAGGAGAACCACAGGAUUUGGAAGAUGGAGACCAAAGGACACACAGGGAAAGGUGUGGACGUGCUGCUGCCUGUCCUGUGCAUCAUGGACAGGGGUGUGCCAAGUGACAGGCAGCAGUGCGUUUUGAAGGCUUCCAAGGAAGCCAAAGUAGCCAAGGCCCUACAGAUGGAUGCCACUGCCAGCAACCCUAAGAAAGCUUAUGAAGAAGCUGAGAAGAGGUGCCAUCUUGUUGGAGCCACCGCACCAACCAAAGUUCAGAUCCUUGGCCAGCUGAUCCUGAGCUUUGGAAAAUAUUGCGGCAGAACAUUCAAGUGGCUGAUCGAAAAUGAUGUUGGAUACGUCAAAUAUCUCCUGGAUCGUCAUGUUAAGGAGAGACGGCAGGCAGGCAGGAGGGAGGACACACCAGAGUGGUGGUUGAAAGAGCAGCUGCUGGCCUACGCGCAGCUGUUCCCAUCAGUGUCCUGCCACCUGGAGAUCAAUGUGGACCGGGCAAUCUAUGGACAGGGUCGCUUCCGGUCCUUUACUUUUUUGGAGAUGUGGCAGUGGUACAGUCUGCACAAGACCCUGCUCGCAGAUCCACAGGCCGGCAGCGAUCAUGAGCGCAAGAUGGCCCAAGAAGCGUACUGCUCUGUCCGCCAGUGGCUGAUAAUGAAGGAGGAUGACAUUUCCUCCAAGUCACUGAAGCGCUUCAGAUUGUACAUCCUCAUGAAAGAGGAGGAGCAAUCUUCACACCAAGCAGCACCUUCAUCCUCUGAGAAGCAGGCACCGGCAACGUCUGCUGCGGAGAGGGCUGAGGACACUUGGGGAGACGAUGCACCUCUUGUGGAAGCUCUUUCAACAUUUGAACAAACAGCUGCUGUGCGCCCCACACAGGACCCAGGCAAGCCUUCGGGGAUGGGGGAGAGCCCUGUGGAGCGGCCACAGCCACAGCCGCCACAGCCACCACCUCCUGCAGCAGCUGCUGUGCGCCCCACACAGGACCCAGGCAAGCCUUCGGGGAUGGGGGAGAGCCCUGUGGAGCGGCCACAGCCACAGCCGCCACAGCCACCACCUCCUGCAGCAGCUGCUGUGCGCCCCACACAGGACCCAGACAAGCCUUCGGGGAUGGGGGAGAGCCCUGUGGAGCGGCCACAGCCACCACAGCCACCACCUCCUGCAGCUGCUGUGCACAUCAAGCACAGGGAGAAGAGCAGAGCAGGCAAGAAGCGCCAGCCCUUCGCAGUCUCUGCACGUGACAAACUGUCAACUCCUGGCACAGAGCCCGAUGUGGUGGUGGGGCCAGCACAGCUGACUGAUUCAACUGUCGGCCAACCGCUGGGUGCAGAGCGACGAGAGCCCAGUCCGGAACCUGCUGGAGAAUCCGGUUCUGUGGCAUCUCGAGACGACCUAUCGUCUGACCCAGCACAAGUCAGCUUGGAGGGAUGGCACAAGGCGUGGGAAACUCCUCCCCACGGGCUUCCCCCAGCAGACGUGAAGUGGCUGAAGGAGGACAGCCAGCGGGGCCUGUUUCAGGCCGAGGUGUUGUACCGGGACAAGUACAGCAAAGUCCGCAAGAGACGGGUCCUGAAGGAUGACAGGAUGUGGUUCUUCCCCCCAGAGCCUCCUGGUUUGGUCAGAGGCGGCAUUCCCUCGGCUGACGCGUUCUUCCACGCUCGCGUUUUCUUCUGGAGGCCAGUGGGUGUGUGGGGCUACAGUCUGCGCUGUACAAGGAGCAAGUGUCCGGCUCGCACCAAGAAGGAUGUCUUCCUCUACCGCUGUGGCUACUCCAAAACAGUCAGGCAGAUAUGUGAUCUGUCUGGCUGGUAUACAAUGCUCACAGAGGUCCUGGCCUGCAACGAGUGCCGGAAGGCUGCCAAGGCAUCGGAGGAGCACACCCUCGGGCGCAUCCCGGCAUGGGACGCAGCCAUACUGCGACAACUAACACCAGCUCACCGUGCUGUUUUCCCUGCCGUUUUAACCCCCAUGCGUGGCGUGGAUAAGCAGGUGAUCCACCUGAUGCGAGAUCGCACCGAGGGCAACACCAUGACCAAGGUGUGGAGACAGGUGCAGGAGAACCACUGUGAGGAGUACCUCCAGAGGAAAGACCUGUACACGACCCUUCUUAGCCAGGUCUGCCAGCCCGGCGGCAUUGUCCGAUCCCUCGGCCACCGGUUCCAGGAUCCACCACCAAGGCGGGAACUGCCGAGCCCAAAGCUGCUGAGGAAGGCCUAUCUAAUAGCGGAGGCGGACAAUGUGGAGGACUACCGAACGCAGAUCAUGUCGACGUUCGGAAAAGUCCUCAAGUAUGACUCCACAAAGAAGAUUUGCAAGAAGUUGUCGGGAGACGGCAAGGGCACCGCUGAGUGGUGCACCAACGUGGGCAAUGAGAUGGGACAGGUACUCACGUCGGUGAUCACUUGUGAGGAGUCCCUGGACAAGCUGCUGCCCAUGGCCAGGGGUCUGACGGAGCGCUACAGGAGGGCUGGCGAACCGGCGCCAGAGCUAAUGUAUGUGGACCGUGGCUGCUGCCGCAAACAAGGGGUCUCUUCGGUGGAGCAGCUGUUCCAGGAGUGGACGGACAGUGGAAUGAUGGUGCGGCUGGACAUCUUCCACUGGAUCCACAGGUUCGAUGCUGCCCUCCGAACCGAUCACCACUCGAAGUACGCCCUUUUCAAGUCGGCACUCUCCGCUGCAGUGUUUGCCUACAACAAGGAUGACGUGGCACUCCUCCUGCAAGCUGUCAGAGCUGGACACCCCACCCGGUAUGCCUCCGUGACUGACGCCGAAAUGCUUCAGACUCAUGUCACAAAACAUGAUCUGAAGCAUUACGUGAGGAGGAUCACUGUCGGGGCCCAGGUGACCUUCACUCGUGCCCAGGCUGCCAUCGACGUCCUCAAAGGGCCGGCGGGGCUGGACGAGAAUGGCGUCCCCCUUUUCAAGGACGGCGACGCCAUCGACCGGGUCUGGGAGAACCAGCAAAAGCACCUGGAGUGCAUACAGGACCCACCGGGCCGCAACAUGUACGUCAUCACCAAAUACGUGAUGCGGAACGGUGUGCGCCUGGCACGCUACAGGACGGUGCGAGGCAGCAACAGCCUGGAGGGCUUCCACUCCUUUUUACCCAGCUUCAUCCCAGGGCCUCACUGCGCAGCCGUCCCUUUUCAAGUCUACCUCCUGAGCGGCAUCGCACGGUGGAACGCUGACAGAGAGGCCGCCUGCGUCAGAGGCCAGAAGGGGCGGAGGUAUCGGGUCUAUGUGUCGCCACUGAUCGACCGCCUCAACCGCCGCUGCCAGGAAAUGUUUGGCAGAGUGGAGGAGGAAAAUUACAUCCCCCCGGUUCCUCCUGGCGACGAGCUGAUCGGGCUGGAGUACCUCUUCUCCCAGUCCUCAGCGGACUUCAGCGUUCAGGGGCACUACACAGAGACCCGAGAGACCAUCCAGGAGGAGGAGGAGGAGGAGGAGGAGGAGGAGAGGGCUGCCACCAGUGACACGGAUGUGCCGGAAGAAGAGGGAGAAGAUCCGGGCUAUGCCACUGACGGUGAGGGCGACGCUCUGGCUCCAUUGAGGAGUAGUCUGUGCCUCACAGAGCUGACUGUGGCAUCAGAGCUUGACCCCUGUGCUGAGGACGUGUGUGGCCCAAACCAUCUCCCUGGUUACCAGCACGUGGAGGAGCUCAGCCGUGUCCUGGUGGAGAUUGCGCUGGAGGAGGGAAAGCUUGCGCUCACCGAGUCCACGAGGCAGAGGGUCAUCGGCGCCUGGAACCAGCUCGACCUCCACGACCGCAGCAUCCAGCAGUUUGACAGCCUGUACUCUGCACGGUGGGGCAACGCUCUCUUUGGCCGCACCAGCGGUGACCCCUCCGACGCCUCCCUCGUGCAGAGGAUUAAGUUUGGCAAACGCUUCGCCGCUGCCCAUCUGCUGGACUCCAGGAAGAACCGCUUGAUGUACUGCGUCAUUAAAAACCUCUGGCUGCAUCCCCAGUGUGCGGCAAAACGCCAAGGAACACCGGCAAAGCAGCUGGUCACAAAGCUGUACCAGCGCGUGCAGCAGAGGGUGACAGUAGAUGACCCUGUGCUCCGCAAACUUGGCAUCCCCAUCUUGAAGGUCAACUCCAAGUGCGUCGGAGAAUUCAUUCGCAGACAGGAGGCCCUGUCAGCCACAAAUGUGACCGACCAGGGCUUGUCCAUCCUCCGCCGCACGCAAAGCAUUGCCUCCACCAGUCAGCCACCCGCAGAAGAGCUCCCGGACGUCAGACCGCAGACCAGUCGGCCUCAGCUCCAGUAUGUGAUUCCUGCGUCUUUGGCAGGGACCAGGGAACUGAAGCGGAGACGAGAUGCGUCCCUGCCGAAGCCGAUAGCCACACCUGCUCUCUCCGCCGCCACCACCACCGCUGCAGCGACAACAACGCCUGCUCUCUCCGCCGCCGCCACCACCGCCGCAGCGACAGCAACGCCUGCUCACUCCGCCACCAGUGCAGCAGCAUCUGCUCGCCAGCCCCCCACCACACACACACGUCUCCCAGGGUCUGCCUCACACAUUUCCACGGCUGCUGCACGGCCCCUGCCUGCCUCCCAGUCUCACCUAUUGUCAGCGCAUUCAUCGCAGCCCCUGGCCCCUACUCCACCAACGCCCCUUCACCACCCGGCCAGAUCCACACUUUACAAAAGUAAAAAGAGACCCUUAAAUUUUGACACUCGGGCUGUGUCAAAAAUAUAUGCGUGUUCUCUCUGUGGCAAGUCCACACAGGGCCACAAGAGAUACCGCAAAAAAACAUAUUGUCAGACCACAAACAUGUCAGCCUCACAGGGCUUUACCGGGAGGACUUUUGAGUCUUUCACAGACUUUCAGGAGGCAGUGGAUGAGGCGCUGAGGACUCAGCCUCCCGAAAACUAA